AUGGGAGUUCAAGGACCUAAAGAAAGACCUUGGAAUAGCAAUUGGGAGAACCUGCAGGAGAAUAUCAAUAUGAAUGAUAGAAAUUUGGUGUUCACCCCUAGUGUUAGUAAGCUGAAAGUAGAAUUUUUAGAUCUUGAGAUAUGGGUGAAGGGGUACCAGCUACAUUGCAACACUUUUUUCAAACCAGUCGCUAAAAACAGCUUUAUUAGAUAUGCCAGCUGUCACCUACCUCGUUGGCUGAUCAACGUGCCAACCAGCCAGUUCCGUAGACUACGGCGGAACUGUACCGAUGACAGUAGAUUUGAGGAGGAAGCGACUGUUUUGAAACAACAAUUGCUAGAAAGAGAUUAUCCAGUGCAGGUGAUCGAGAGGUCACUUGAAAAAGUAAAGAAAAUGGAAAGAAAAGAUUUCUUUUUGGCGAGGGAUCCCCAACCACGUGAUGAGUGUGCAGAAUCGGAAAGAGAUAUCAGUGUCUACUGUGGCGUGCAGACAAUAACCAUGAAGAUAAACUUUUGCACAGUUCUCUUUUCUGGUUAUUCAGAAACAGACUUAUCACUUAAUGGGAAACAUGGAGAUGCUCAUUGCAGAGGCUUCAUAAACAAUAAUACCUUCCCUGCAGUGGUUAUUUUUACCAUCAACCUGAGCACCUUGGAAGCUUGUGCAAAUAACCUAGUGGUGUCAACUAUACCUGGACUCAAUGCUUAUGGGAAUAUAUCAAUGGUUCAAAUAGGAAAUAUUUCAGGAUAUAUAGACACACCAGACCCACCUACAAUUAUUAGCUAUUUGCCUGGACUUUUGUACAAGUUUAGCUGCAGUUAUCCUUUGGAGUAUUUGGUCAACAACACUCAGCUUGCUUCAUCCUCAGCUGCUAUUUCUGUAAGAGAUGGGAAUGGUACAUUCAUCAGCACAUUGAAUUUACUUCUCUAUAAUGAUUCAACCUACAGCCAGCAAUUGCUAAUUCCUAGCACUGGAUUGCCAUUGAAAACAAAAAUAUAUGCAGCAGUGAGAGCAACCAACCUUGACGGACGGUGGAAUGUUUUAAUGGACUAUUGCUAUACAACACCUUCUGGUAAUCCAAAUGAUGACAUCAGAUAUGAUCUGUUCCUCAGCUGUGAUAAAGACCCGCAGACAACUAUUUUUGAAAAUGGCAAAAGUCAAAUGGGGAGAUUUUCCUUUGAAGUGUUCCGGUUCGUCAAACAUAAAAACCAGAAAAUGUCCACUGUUUUCUUGCACUGCGUAACCAAAUUAUGUAGAUCAGAUGACUGCCCAUAUUUAACACCUACGUGCCACAACAGGGAAAGAAGAGAUGUACAUAUAAAGACUACGCUUGCCCCACAAAUUCUUUCUGGAAAUGCUGUUGUAUCUGCUGGACCCAUUAUUACAAGAAGCGAUGAAACACCCACAAAUAACUCAGAACUUGCUCAGCCACAAAAUAUGCAAUUUCAGAUGAAUUCAAUUACCAGUGCACUUAUCUCAGGAGUAGUAAUCCUCGGUGUCACCAGCAUCUGCUUUUUUGUAAUCUCCAUUGCACUCCUGAACAGAAAUAAGAAAAACAGUUUGAUUUUAUGUGGAGUCCGAAACCAAGCUUUCAGUUCAUGA